GCUUGCCACUGCCCGCCAGUGUCGCCACCGUCGUCCAUUUCCUUUAGCAGCAUGAUAGAACGGUGGCGUUUUGCGGUCUCUUCUGCCACCGUCUUGCUAAUUUAAAUUAUGUUAAAACUACACAAAACAGCGAUAGGCCCCAAGUUCCCCGAUUUCUCCUCUGCAAAAACCCCUCUGAAACCGCACAUAGCCCCUCCGCCACCACCGGCAGUGGCGGAGGUGGACGUUACCUCCAUAACCAACCACGUUCUCAAGACAAACCCAGAAAUUUUGACUCAAAAUUUACCCACCCUUGUGCAAUGGACCCCUGAGCUUGUCCACACGAUUCUCAAACGCCUGUGGAACCAUGGCCCGAAAGCUCUCCAGUUCUUCAAAGCCCUCGACUCCCAUCUCUCUUACACCCACUCCGCCACCGCAUUCGACCACGCCAUCGACAUUGCUGCCAGAAUGCGGGAUUACAAGACCCUAUGGGCCCUUGUGGCUCAAAUGCGGACUAUAAAGCUCGGUCCUGGCCCGAAAACCUUCGCCAUCAUCCUCGAAAGGUAUGUGGCUUCUGGCAAAGCUGAUAAGGCGGUUGACCUUUUCUUGUCAAUGCAUAAACAUGGUUAUCCUCAGGAUUUGACUUCGUUCAAUUCUUUUCUUGAUGUGCUCUGUAAGGCGAAGCAGGCUGAAAUAGCCUAUAAUCUGUUUAAGGUGUUUAGGAGGAAGUUUAGAGUUGAUAUGAUUAGUUAUAACAUUCUCGCUAAUGGGUAUUGUAUAAUGAAGCGAACGCCAAAGGCCUUGGAAAUUUUGAAGGAAAUGGUAGAGAGAGGAUUGGAGCCAAAUGUGAUGACUUAUAAUAUAAUUCUUAAAGGUUUCUUUAGAGCAGGGCAAACGAAGGAAGCUUGGGAGUUUUUCUUGCAAAUGAAGAGGAGAAAAUGUGAGAUUGAUGUGGUGACUUAUACUACUAUGGUUCACGGUUUUGGUGUUGCAGGUGAGGUUGAGAGGUCCCGUAAGCUGUUUGAUGAGAUGGUUGGAGCUGGAGUGCUUCCCUCAGUAGCAACUUACAAUGCUCUGAUUCAAGUUUUAUGUAAGAAAGACAAUGUGGAAAAUGCAAUUUUGGUGUUUGAUGAGAUGUUGCGGAAGGGCUAUUUACCUAAUGUCACUACUUAUAAUGUGCUCAUUAGAGGUUUGUGUCAUGUCGGUAAAAUGGACAGGGCAGUUGAGUAUAUGGACAAGAUGAAAGAAGAUGAGUGUGAGCCUAAUGUUCAGACAUACAAUCUUGUAAUUCGAUAUUAUUGUGAUGAUGGAGAAUUUGCGAAGGCCUUCGAAUUGUUUGAGAAAAUGGGUAGUGGGCAUUGCUUACCUAACUUAGAUACUUAUAACAUCUUGAUCAGUGCAAUGUUUGUCAGAAAGAAAUCCGAUGAUUUGGUGGUGGCAGGAAAGUUGUUGAUAGAAAUGAUUGACAGAGGAUUUCUGCCUCGAAGGUUUACUUUCAACCGCAUUCUGAAUGGGCUUUUGCUUACGGGUAAUCAAGAAUUUGCUAGAGAGAUUUUGCGACUGCAAAGCGGAUCUGGCCGGCUUCCUCGUCAUUUCAGACUAUGAUUGUGUUGCAUUACCUCAGGCAAAGAGAGGAAGUAUUCAGUAAAUGAUGGAAUUGUGCCGGCGAAAGGAAGGGCAAGGUGGAACUUUUGCAAACCUUUUGAUGAUUGUUUCUGCUUUAGCUUUUAGCUGAGGAGUUGAAGAUGGAAGUGAAAAUAUGGCUUUCCAGAUUGCCACCAUAUUGCUCAGCUUUGCUUAGGUAGGUGAAAACCUGGAAGAGGCUGUUUAAGUGUGAUGCUUCAAGUAUCUUGAGCUCAAGAAAGUUGAUUUCAGUACCUGGUGGAUUGCAAAGUCAAUUGCAAGAGAGAAUGCAUAUACACUUGCUUGCUACAGUGAGGUUCAAAGUAGUCAAACAAAGAGAAUAUACAGCAGGUGAUAAGAACGAUAAUGUCCAGUGAUUCAUGCAGGGGCCUGGUGCAGUUGUUCAAGGAGAUGCUACGAGGUCCCCUCUGGUGUCUGAAACCUGCUGGGCAUAAUUCAAGUUGAAUUGGGCUGUUGGAUUUUGCUUCAGGGGUUGUAGUGAUCUACGUUUAGUGAUCAUCUUGCAUUCUUAAACUGCAUGCUCCUGUAUUUCUCAUAACUGAACCACAGAUGAAGGGUGUACUAGAGAUCGUCAACAUGAUCCUAUAGUAAGUGAAACCGUGAACAACAUAGUGCAGAUAUCCUAUGCUACAUGCAGGACUUUCAAGAUAGCAAGGAUCUCAAUGUGAAGUUAGUAACCAAUGUGAAACAUUUCCAGAGUCAUUGGAAAGUAAUACAGGACAUGAGCUUAUCCAUCUGGUUUUUAAGAAGGCCAAGGAACAAAAGAGCAACUCUCAAGCAACAUUGAUGAAACCUCCUCCUUCCUUGGGGGUUGCUUUAAGUUUGUACUCCUAUUUAUUUUGUUGACAAGCUGCCCUUGUGUUCACACUUCAUUAUUGAAAAUUUUGUUUGAAAAAAAAAAUUGUAAAGGUUUAUACUA